AUGCCAACUAGACGGCCACAUUCGAAAAGCAGGUUGGGCUGUGUACAAUGCAAACGACGACGCAUCAAGUGUGAUGAAAAGACACCUCGCUGUGGAAAUUGCAUAAAACACAAUAUAGACUGUGUCUAUACGUUGUCGCCUGUGAACAGACGGCUUCUCACUCAGAGUGCAUCAACGCCACAGAGUUCAGUUGGCUCCCCCAAUUCCGUCUCUUUACCGGAGGCGCAGAGCAGUGGACUGGGCCAUGGGUCUUCCAAUUCGCAGUCUCCUGCGUCAGAUCCGCUUGUCAUAUUAGACCCUUCCGUGCAUCGUCGCGAUGUGCAUCUGACUUCUGACUUACAUCUUCAUGACUUGGAAUUGAUGCAUCAUUACUCAACAGUCAGUUACAAAACCAUCACGGAUCGAGAAUCAUCGCAACUUGUCUGGCAAAUCUCGGUUCCCAAGGAAGCAGUGGUACACCCGUUCCUGAUGCACGGUCUGCUGGCCCUUUCGGCUCUGCAUAUCCUGGAGCUCAACGAGAACAGUCAGCGACGUCAACACUACAUUGAUCUCGCAACAACGCACCAGAGCAUGGCGCUGGCUCUCUUUCGAAAAGAGCUGAAUGAUAUCACCCCGUCGAAUUGCCGUGCAAUGUUCGCCUUCUCCAGCAUAGCUGCGGUCCUCGCGCUUGCAUUUACCCAUACGACAGGCGCUGAGCCUCUACCACUUAUCGAUGAAAUGCUACAGAUCUUUAAUCUUCUGAGGGGCAUCCAUGAAGUCGUCCAGGCUGCUUCAGAGUGGAUUGAGAAGAUAGCCGAUUUCUUCCCGCCAAAUGUGGUCAUCGAUCCGCUCUCCGUCCCACAAGAGGUCCGAGACAACAUAGCUGCGCUUGAGGUCCUCAAUGCGGACGUAAAGAGAACUGGUCUCUCGGAUGAGGAAAAAGAAGCAUGUGAACAUGCAAUUGCUGAACUUCUCGUCUCUUUCGAAAAGAUCUACUCCGAUCUCGGACACCUGAUUGCUUUCAGAUGGCCUGUUAUCAUAAAGCCGUUGUAUAUUUCCCUGCUGAGAGAUCGACAACCAAUGGCGCUUGUCAUCCUCGCACAUUACUGUGUGCCUUUGCACACAUUGGGGAACCGCUGGUGGCUGAAAAGUUGGGGUUAUCAAUUGCUUGAGACAAUUUAUCAUCAGCUCGACAUAUCGUGGAGGGACACGAUUCGAUGGCCUGUAAAGGCUGUGGGCCUAGCUAAAACGUGA